CCAGCAGAGGUCGGCUCGCUGCGCUGCCUGCUCUCGUAAUGCCAAAGGAGUGCGCUUUGUCUUUAGUCGGAUUGGCUCCAUCAGUUCCUAUUUCCUUCUGAAUGGAUAAUAAAGUGGAGAAUCAUUGCGAGGCAAGGAGUGUUGGUGCGUGAGUGAAGUGGGGAGGCUGCCUGUGUGAGGAGCUAGGCAGUAAGCAGCUGACGAGGAGGAGUAAAGUAGCAAUAGCUGCACAGCUUUCUCUCUGCCCCUGAAGUACAAUAUUUUCUGUUGAGUCACAACUGAAGAGAAGGAUGAAGUUUUAACUGCGCUUGGUACUGCCUGAGAAAGGGAAAACAAGCACUGUGGCAGUGAACUAAAGGAUGUGUGUUUUGGGAUACUCCUGGGAGCUGACAGGAUUGCUGCGUUUUUGGCUUUUACAUUCAUUGAUUUCUGCUGGGUUUUGCUUUUUGGAUUUUUAGUAGCUGUUUGCAUUUUUUUUUCCCCCCUUCAAAACAUGCCUACAACUUUAUGUAAUUUCUCAUCCUAGUGCUACUGUGGAACAGGAUACUCUUGGUGCCUUUAACGCUGCGUUCCCUGGUGCUUGAGAUGGGACACCAACCGUGUGUUGAUAAUCUCCAUUGUGAAAGUUCAUUGUCUGGUGAAUCUUUAACAAGAUUAGGAUUUCUUCAGGACUUGUCUUUUCUUUGAGAACAAGCUGUUGUAUUCUGUAGUUUUCUAUUAAUUAUAUAAAUGUACUUUACAUUUUAACCUUUUGUUUUAUUUUGAAGCAGCAAGCUGCUUCGUGACAGAAUGAAAACUGGAUGUGAGUUGUGCUUUGGGAAGUGAUUGAUGUGUGCUUGUGCAGCUUGUAUCACUAUGAGAAACACAGGUGCAGCUGCUGAUGAUGUUUGCUAGAAGUAGAUUGAAAAAGCAAGAAAAUGAAAUUGCACUUCUGCACAGAAAACCUGUUGUAAAACUGUGGGGCAGGAAGCAAUACCGGAAGCAAAAACUCCAUUUGUUUCUGCGAGACAAAAUGAAGAGGCUUCUUCAUGGCCAGGUAGAUGAGAAUCCAAACCACUCUCAUCACUGCCAGCUUUCCCCUGUGGAGAUUGAAACGGAUCUGUUUGUUUGUGGAAUAAAGAGGAGCUCUGCAAGCACUGAAUUUUCCACUGCUGGAGGGGACUUUCAUCAGGAUGGAGGACAUGAUUCCAGGGGAGUGAGCGAAGUGUGUGUUGGUGAGGUUGAGUUGAACUGGGAUGGCUAUGUCAAAAUACCAUGCUCGGUUCAACAGAACAAGAAGGACUUGCAGGGAAAUGCUUUUGGUGGUACGACGCAGACCUCUUCUGAAAGAAAGGACAGAGCAUCUGAGGGGCAAGACCUUUCUUCUGUGAGCAUUACCAUGAGCUGGAGGGAGGUAGCUGAAAGGCAAGGGUGCUUUCCCCAGGAAAAGCCCAUUGCAUACAAGAGUCCUAGGCGGCACUCAAGAGAUCGUUCAGCUGAUGUGGUUGAUUACAUUGUCAAAGAGCUCCAGGGAAUAAGCCGCAUCCAGACAGAGAUUGCAGAACUCCGGCAGCACCUCACCUUGAUAAAAGGCUCUGUGGAUGAAGUCUCCAGCUGUGUGGAUACAGUUUUGAGUGAGAUAGAAGGCCUGCAAGGUGGUUCCACUGGCAAGACCCAGGGUACACAUGCUCGAGAGCCUAGCAGGGAGGUGCACAAGGAAGAACCAGUGUUGUAUUUUUAUGGCAUCCCAGAAGAAGAUGGUGAAAACACAGUAGAGCUUAUCUGCAAAUUCUUGUCUGAAUAUCACUGUUUCAAUGGUAUUCAGUGCAGUAAGUAUAUAAAAGAUGCUUAUAGAUCAGAUAUUGGUACAGGCAAGCCAUUAACACCAAGACCAGCAGUUGUGAAACUUGUUAAUUGUGAACAGAGAGACUUUAUUUUACAGAAGUCUAUCCUUCUGCAAAGCUCAGGGGUCCAGAUUGCUACCAGUCAAGAGCAAAAACAGCAGAAUGGCCAGAGGGGCCCCAAAACAGAUCCAGUCUCUUUGCAGCCUGGCUCCAAGAAAAAUCAUUGCAACUCAGUGUGUCCUGAUGCAGCUCAGGGAACUGAUGCCACUGGGCCCCUUCAGAUAGACUCAUGCCAAGUUAAACAUAAAAGCACGAGCAGAAAAACACAGUGUGUAGGGGAGAGACUUGAUUCUGUGCAGAAGUCAAACUUGACUAAGAAAAACAACUUGAUACCUGAAACUGGGAAGGAUGUCCAAACAAUAAGCAGCAAUGAGCAGCCUACAAAUGAUAGUGACACUUGCCAGGGCCUUCAUGAGCCUCUACAAAAUCCAAAGAUGACAACUUUGGCCAAAUCAGGUGAUGGAAAUUACUGUUGCUUAUCUGACUCUUUGGACCGUGCAAGCCAGAUGCAUGCUUCAAGCAAUGAUCGUGAGCAGAGGCUCGACACUGAAAGUGUCACUGGGAAUUGUCCUUCCCUUCUAGAUAAAGAUGAGAGGAUAGCUGCAGGAGAAAUGGAAAUGGACUGUGAUACCCCAUGCAAAUUUACCAGUGUGGAAAAAGUUGAUAUUCAAAGAGAAGACGUUUCCAGUGGGGUGACAACCAUUAGCUAUGAUCAUACAACUGAUGAAAUGGCCUAUAGUAGUGAUAGCUUGAAAGAUAUCAUCCAAAUGGACCUGAAUGAUCAAGAUCCAACUGAUCAGGUUUUUAGGGAUGUCCUGGAAAAUUCCCAGUAUUUUCUUGACCAUUCCCGGGAUAACAUUGAUCUUGUAGACAUGAAGUUUUACACCAAUAAGCUUGGGAAAGCUAUUAAUCACUUCAGGUCUGCUCUACAGGUGGUGUUUCACAAACUGGAGUCAAGCGAUUCUGAAAUCCUUCUGGAAAAUGAUAGUGGCUUACAGAUGGAUGAUGACAAUACACUUAUGCUGACCAGUUCUGGUAUGUGUGGCAGCUCUGACAACUUCACAGAAACCCCUCUCAGUCAGUCCUCCGAGAGCCAGGCAAACCCAGCUGUCAGCAGUGAAGCAUCUGCUCAGAUGCAGUUUACUCCUUCCAGCCUUUCCUUGGUUCCACAUGAGCUUCCUGUCUCCAGUCUGAUGUCACCAUCGGACUGUGAAAUCCCCACUGGGCACCGCUCGCCUACUGAGGAGAUGGGAGGAGAUGUGAAUUCUCUACCUGAGCCAGCAAAGGAGUGCAGACCUAUGAGCCUUGACAAGGUGUGCGCAGAGACCAUCUACCUGAACAAAUGCAUCAACAAUUUCAAAAACGUUCUGAGGGAAAAGAGACAAAUGCGUAGGAGGCUCUUAAAAGAAUUAGCGCAGGAAGGAAACUGGAUUUCCGCUGAGGAGACAAACUCAGAAGGAGGUAGAGGAGAGCUCCAGGGUCAAGAUGAAUCUGAUCCAUCGAAACCACCCUGGCUCAAAGGAGGGCCUGCAGGUGGUCUCUAUGGCAUCGAUAGCAUGCCUGAUCUACGCAAAAAAAAGCCAAUUCCUCUCGUCAGUGAUCUGUCACUGGUUCAGUCCCGGAAAGCUGGAAUUACCUCAGCAAUGGCCACUAGAACAUCUCUCAAAGAUGAAGAGCUGAAAUCUCAUGUCUAUAAGAAGACCUUGCAAGCCUUAAUUUACCCCAUCUCUUGUACAACCCCACACAACUUUGAAGUGUGGACAGCCACAACUCCCACCUACUGCUACGAAUGUGAGGGGCUGCUGUGGGGCAUCGCACGGCAGGGAAUGCGCUGUGGUGAAUGUGGAGUCAAGUGCCAUGAGAAGUGCCAAGACUUGCUCAAUGCUGACUGCUUACAGAGAGCAGCGGAGAAGAGCUCAAAGCAUGGAGCAGAAGACCGAACCCAGAAUUUCAUCAUGGCAAUAAAGGAUCGCAUGAAGAUCCGGGAGCGGAACAAGCCAGAAAUCUUUGACUUGAUCAGAGAUGUGUUCUGUGAGAGUAAAAUGACACAUGCUCAGCAAAUGAAGACAGUGAAGCAGAGUGUCCUUGAUGGCACCUCAAAAUGGUCAGCAAAGAUCACAAUCACAGUGGUAUGUGCUCAAGGACUGCAGGCCAAAGACAAGACUGGGUCCAGUGAUCCAUAUGUAACUGUUCAAGUGGGUAAAACAAAGAAGAGGACGAAAACCAUUUUUGGGAAUCUGAACCCUGUGUGGGAAGAGAAGUUUUACUUUGAGUGCCAUAAUUCUUCUGACCGGAUCAAAGUGCGAGUAUGGGAUGAAGACGAUGACAUCAAGUCUCGUGUCAAGCAGAGACUGAAGCGCGAGUCGGAUGAUUUCCUGGGGCAGACAAUCAUUGAAGUCCGCACCCUGAGUGGAGAAAUGGAUGUGUGGUACAACCUUGAGAAGCGAACAGAUAAGUCUGCAGUGUCUGGAGCUAUUCGCCUGCAAAUCAGUGUGGAGAUCAAAGGCGAGGAGAAGGUGGCUCCAUAUCAUAUUCAGUACACUUGCCUUCAUGAGAACCUAUUUCACCAUCUCACAGAUGUACAAGGGAAUGGGGUGGUGAAGAUCCCUGAUGCCAAAGGAGAUGAUGCCUGGAAGGUUUAUUUUGAUGAGACAGCUCAAGAGAUCGUGGAUGAAUUUGCAAUGCGUUACGGCAUUGAAUCUAUAUACCAGGCCAUGACGCAUUUUGCAUGUCUCUCCUCCAAAUACAUGUGCCCAGGAGUGCCAGCUGUGAUGAGCACCUUACUUGCCAAUAUCAAUGCUUACUACGCGCACACCACUGCCUCCACAAACGUGUCUGCUUCGGACCGCUUUGCAGCCUCCAAUUUUGGGAAAGAACGGUUUGUGAAGCUUCUGGACCAGCUUCAUAAUUCACUUCGGAUUGAUCUCUCAAUGUACAGGAAUAACUUCCCAGCCAGCAGCCGUGAACGGCUGCAGGACCUGAAGUCUACAGUGGAUUUGCUGACCAGCAUCACUUUUUUCAGGAUGAAGGUUCAAGAGCUUCAGAGUCCACCCCGAGCCAGCCAGGUGGUAAAGGACUGUGUUAAAGCUUGCCUGAAUUCCACCUAUGAGUACAUAUUCAACAACUGUCAUGAGCUGUACAGCCGCGAGUACCAGACAGAUCCUAACAAAAAUCAGGACCUUCCUCCUGAGGAACAGGGCCCCAGCAUCAGGAACCUGGAUUUCUGGCCCAAGCUCAUCACCUUGAUAGUUUCCAUCAUAGAAGAGGACAAGAAUUCUUACACUCCUGUCCUGAAUCAGUUUCCUCAGGAGCUGGCUGUUGGGAAGAUCAGUGCAGAGGUGAUGUGGAGUCUUUUUGCCCAGGAUAUGAAGUAUGCCAUGGAAGAGCAUGAGAAACACAGGUUGUGUAAAAGUGCAGACUAUAUGAAUUUACACUUCAAAGUGAAGUGGCUGUACAACGAAUAUGUUCGUGAUCUGCCUGCCUUCAAGGGAAAAGUGCCUGAAUACCCCGCGUGGUUUGAGCAGUUUGUGAUGCAGUGGCUGGAUGAAAAUGAAGAUGUUUCCUUAGAAUUCCUGCACGGUGCUCUGGAGAGAGAUAAAAAAGAUGGGUUCCAGCAAACAUCUGAGCAUGCUCUGUUCUCUUGCUCAGUGGUGGAUGUCUUCACACAGCUCAAUCAGAGCUUUGAGAUCAUUAAGAAGUUGGAGUGCCCAGACCCUGUCAUUGUUGCUCAUUAUAACAGGAGAUUUGCUAAGACUAUUGGGAAAGUGCUGAUGCAGUAUGCUGACAUUCUUUCCAAGAGCUUCCAGUCCUACUGCUCCAAGGAGAAACUGCCCUGCAUCCUGAUGAAUAACAUCCAGCAACUAAGAGUACAGCUAGAGAAGAUGUUUGAAGCCAUGGGUGGUAAAGAGAUUCAGGAAAAUGAAGAAAAGGCUGCUGAUGCUGAUUUGGAUGCAGAAGCAAGUGACCAUCUCAAAGAGCUCCAGGUGAAGUUGAACAAUGUUUUGGAUGAGCUAAGUGCUGUGUUUGGUAACAGCUUUCAGACUCGUAUUGAUGAGUGUGUCAAGCAAAUGUCUGAUAUCCUCUGUCAAGUGAAAGGAACAGGAAACGUUGCUGCCAAUGCCAGAAACACGGUUGCACAAGAUGCAGAUAAUGUCCUGAGGCCACUGAUGGAUUUCCUGGAUGGAAACCUGACACUGUUUGCUACCGUGUGUGAAAAGACAGUGUUGAAACGGGUGCUGAAGGAGCUCUGGAGGGUGGUAAUGAACACCAUGGAGAAGCUGAUUGUUCUGCCUCCUCUUACAGACCAUACGGGCACACAGUUGAUUUUCAGUGCUGCUAAGGAACUGGGACACUUAUCAAAGCUAAAGGAUCAUAUGGUGAGAGAAGAAACUAGGAGUCUCACUCCAAAGCAGUGUGCUGUUUUGGAUCUAGCACUGGAUACAAUCAAACAAUAUUUCCAUGCUGGUGGGAAUGGUCUGAAGAAAACUUUCUUGGAGAAGAGUCCAGACCUGCAGUCACUUCGAUACGCACUCUCUCUCUACACUCAAACCACAGACACUCUCAUCAAAACCUUUGUCCAGACUCAGACAGCUCAGGUGCAUGAUGGGAAAGGUAUUAGGUUUACCGCUAAUGAGGACAUUCUUCCUGAUAAGGGCUCUGGUGUGGAUGAUCCUGUGGGUGAAGUGUCCAUACAGAUUGACCUGUAUACCCACCCAGGAACCGGUGAACACAAGGUCACAGUGAAAGUUGUGGCAGCCAACGACUUGAAGUGGCAAACAUCUGGCAUGUUCCGUCCGUUUGUUGAAAUCACCAUGAUUGGGCCCCACCAGAGUGACAAGAAGAGGAAGUUCACAACCAAGUCAAAAAGCAACAACUGGGCUCCCAAAUACAAUGAAACUUUUCACUUCAUACUGGGGAAUGAAGAUGGCCCUGAUGCCUAUGAGCUCCAAGUCUGUGUGAAGGAUUACUGCUUUGCUCGGGAGGACCGAGUACUGGGGAUAGCAGUGAUGCAGCUCAGAGACAUAGCAGACAAAGGAAGCUGUGCUUGCUGGUGCCCCCUCGGGCGCAGGAUUCACAUGGAUGAGACUGGACUUACAGUCCUGAGGAUUCUGUCUCAGAGAACCAAUGAUGAAGUUGCCAGAGAAUUUGUGAAGUUGAAAUCUGAAUCCCGCUCCACAGAGGAAGGCACCUGAGCUGAGCUGUGUAAUUUUCCCUUUUCUCUUCUGCCUUGUGCCAAUAUGUGCAAGUGUUCAACAAUUCUCUUUUAUCGAUUACAAAAGGUUUUUUUCCAUGUUGUCUUUGUCCGUUCCGAUAGCGCACGUGUGCUGUGCAGGAAACAAAUCCAUCAAUCUGAUGUGAAUUAUUUAUUUUUCAGUAGCUGGGUAAGACACCAUAGAGAAUGAGGCAAUCUCUUCUUAUUUAUGAUGCAAAUUCUGCUUUGUGUAUAUAAAUUAUUUUAUAUUGGAGGCUGGGUAUGCUGGGUUUUGUUGAUAUGCAGCACUGUGAUUUUAUCCUCUGAAGCUGGCACAUGUUAAAAAGGUUUUACAUAAUCACCCCAUGAUACAAACACACAACUGUGUGGAAAUUGGGAGAAGAAUAAUGAUGGUGGGGUUUUGGCAGAGCACAGUUCUCUCGUUCAAUUUGUGUGCUGUGGAGCUUCCACGGGAUCUUCUGUCACAGGU